AUGCAAGUCUCUGACCAGGAACAAGGCUCCCAGGAGCUGGAUUUAGAGGACAUAACUAUGAAAAUUUCAUUUCUUGACAAAUGGCGGGAGAUCUUUAGUUAUCAUGGGUUGGGAACCAAUAAUACAACUCCUCAGAAUCGUGAUGGCAACCAUGUGUCGGCUGAUGAAACUGAAGAUGCAACAGGAAUACCUCAGCCCAGGGGCCAAGGACAUUUGCCAUCAAGUAGCCUUUGUUCUACCCCCAAACCCUCUAUCAUCUCUUCAAAAUCAGGCGGCUUUCCUAUCUCCCUGGCGAUGGCCACGAAGUUACGGCAGAGCCUCUUUGGAAAUACCAUCCAUGUCUUCAGCUAUCACUGGAAAAAGGCCCAUUUCAGGUUCCAUGAUCCUUUUUCUGACCUGGCUUUCACUUUGGAAAUGGGAAAGGGAGGUGCUCGAAGCAUUCAGAUGGCAGUACAAGGAUUCAUCAUCAAAGACUUGUUCACAAGGAAGGGAAAGGACUGUAGCUUUCACAGCUUGUGUACAAUCAGCAAACGGGAGCAAGAGCAAGCCCUGGCUGCGGCACUGGCUGGCAUCCUGUGGGCCGCAGGAACAGCUGAGAAGGCCACCGUCUGUCUUGUCACUGAGGACACUUGUGUCACCUCCAAUCCUGACUACUCGAGAGAUGAUUUCACAGAGCGGCUCCAGCUGUUUGAACUUCUAGAGAAAGAAGCCACUGAGAAAUUCAUCUAUGAUCAUUUACAAUGUUUCCAAGAGGAAGGAAGCCAUGGUGUCAUCCUGUUUCUUUAUAGCAUGAUCUUCUCCAGAACAUUUGAAAGGCUUCAGAAGGACCUAGAUGCUUCCACUACUCAGCUGCUACAGCCAAGGGCUGGGGACUUCCUGUGCAGGCAGGCAGUUUUAAACAUGAUUUUAACUGGAAGAGCAAGUCCAAAUGUCUUUAAUGGCUGUCAGAAAGGAAAGUCUCAAGAAAUAUUACAUGGGGUCCUGACCCGCAGCGACAUCGGAUACUUGCAUUGGGGUAAGGACACCUCAGAGGAUGACAGGCUUUCACAGGUGGGCAGCAGACUGAAGACUCCCAAAUUACCUAUCUGGCUAUGCAACAUCAAUGGAAAUUCCAGUGUCCUUUUUAGCACAAACACGCAGCUCUUAUCAGACUGGAAAGUGGAGCAUCGCUUUGAUCUGUAUUUUUACAGUGGCCAGCCCCCACGGAAGACGCCUGCGCGUCUCACAGUAGAUACUCACUCCCAUCACUGGGAAAAAAACCAACACGAAGAUGGACAUGUAGCAGGAAGACGGUUUUCUCCAGUGGAGAUGCUAAUCAGAACCAAGUGGAGAGAGGCCACCAUCAACUGGAAUGGACCCAUUCCCUUUUUCUCAAGAGAAAGCCAGUAUGCACAAUGAUGUCUGAGGUGUCAGAACUGCUGGCAUACAGCAUAUGGAGGAAGACCAUUUCACUUCUACAGUCUUCGUUCAUGGGACCCCAUGGGAAAACCCCACUGGCAACUUUUUCUCUCUUUCUUUCUUUAUUUUGUGUCUCCAUUAAGCCCUUUGCAGGUGCUAUCAGUGCACUAGAACCACAGGGUCUGUGAGGUGUCUUCUCCACACUUGCAUAGACGGGCUCCUUCACUUUCUUCAGCAGAGAAAAUGAAGUGUCUUUCCUCCA